AUGUCUAGAGUGGAUGAUUCGACCGAAGAAACUCGACUUUUGGAAAAUGAAGACCACCACGUGAACAACGUUAGUCAAGAGAAUGGUUAUUCACACCAGAAUGAUGGGCAAGGUACGGACAAUGUACCCCUGACAAGGCCAGGCAGCACUCGAGAGCUCCUGGCUGUACUGGCGGCGACAUGGGUGGGUGUCUUCCUCGCGGCUUUGGACGCCACAAUCCUUGCCACACUUACAACGCCAAUAUCAUCCGAGUUCCAAUCAUUGAGCCUGCUUUCCUGGUUGGUCUCCGCAUACUUGAUUGCCAAUGCGGCGUGUCAGCCCGUGGCCGGAAAGUUGACAGAUAUCUUCUCCCGGCGCAAUGGUUUGAUUUUCUCGAAUGUAUUCUUUGGAACUGGCUGUCUUAUCUGCGGUCUUGCUAGGAAUGAAUGGGUCAUGAUUACUGGCCGAGUGGUGUCCGGCGUUGGCGGAGGUGGAUUGACCGCAAUAUCUACAUUCGUCUCUUCUGAUUUGGUGCCGCUGAGGACAAGAGGGAUCUGGCAGGGCUAUGGUAACGUGGUCUUCGGCCUAGGUCUGAGCUUAGGUGGUGUUAUUGGUGGGUGGCUCAACGACGCCUUAGGCUGGAGGUGGGCUUUCUUGUUGCAAGUACCAUUUACCGUGGUGUCGGGCCUGCUCGUCGCCUUUCUCGUUGACAUACCCGCCAAGGAGACCAGGGAAUCCGCAUGGAAGCGAGUUGACUAUCGUGGGACUGUCCUACUCACGCUUUCACUAGUCUUGCUCCUGCUUGGAGUGAACCCAGGCGGCAAUCAAUUUCCAUGGAAUCAUCCGCUGGUGAUCACCGCCCUCCUCCUAUCAAUGGUGUUCAUCCUCUUGUUCGUAUACGUGGAGGACAAAAUCGCACCUGAACCUAUUAUACCAGUCAGGUUACUGCUACGUCGGACUGUCUGGGCUGCAUGCUUUACCAAUGUUUUUAGUACCAUGUCUUUCUUCAUCGUCUUCUUCUAUAUUCCAUUCUAUUUACAGAUCAGUGGACAUUCUGCGACCCAGGCUGGAUUGCGACUCAUCCCUCAAGCAUUUGCCAUCUCGAUGGGCUCGAUCGGGGCUGGCCUUGUCAUGCGGAUGACGGGUCGCUACUAUUUGAUGGAUUGUAUCUCCUUGACAAUCUUUAUUGCAGGAGCAGCCCUCAUAUGCACCUUGACCUUCUCCGCACCAGAUUGGCAAGCUUACGUAUAUCUCGUUCCUGGUGCGUUUGGAUAUGGAGGCAUGUUGACCAUCACCCUUGUUGCUCUCAUAGCAGCAGUUGAUCACAAGCAUCAAGCCGUCAUCACGUCGGCGUCUUAUGCAUUUCGCAGUGUCGGCAGCACCGUCGGCGUCACUAUAGGAUCUGCUGUCUUCCAGAAUUGGCUUUAUCGGUCGCUGUUGCAGGCAUUCGACAAGGUACCACAUAAAGACCGACUGGUCAGAAGAAUCAGAAACGACUAUCAUGAGAUUGCAAGAUUGUACUCUUCAACACUGCGUCAGAAAGCGCUUGCUUGUUACAUGGAAGCCUUUCGAGCCACCUUUCUAACAGCAUUGGCCAUCACCAUCCUAGCAGGUCUUAUUAGUCUUUUCAUGAAGGAGCACAAACUGCACACAAAUCUAGCAAGGAAUUAA